GAUAUCUUUCAAUUGAACGUGAAACCCCAAAAAGCACAUAAGCACAAUAUCUGAAUCAAAAAGAUUAGUUUUAUUGAAAUGUUUCCAGGUUAAAGUAUGACCUAAAAUCUGUUAAUAAAUAGUCCAGAAAUGCUCAGUCUUCUCGAUAUCUCUUGGCAACACUGUCGUUCGAUUAUGAUCGAUUGAUCGGUCAUAUGCUCUCUUCCCAUGUACCGGAGAAAGAGAGUAAUACCACAAGAACUAAUUCGAUUUGUUGGGAUCGCCAUCAGUGGAUCGUGUCUGCCGAAAAUUUAGCAUUAUCAUUGACAGUUACGAUCGGUCCGGCAACUUCGGAUCUUGCGGGCCUGGUGUUAGUGCAUGUUUGGAUGAUGAUGCGAAUGGAAGUGUUUACGUUGCUCGCCGCCGUACUAGUUUUUCUAGUAACCACAACUUGCUCGGCACCCGGAGCUGAUCUGUUUGGGUACAAGGAAGAUCCAGAAGAUAAUCCUUAUCGAGUGAAUGCUCAGAAUCGGACACCGAUCUACAUUCCCAAUCAUUGUGGCGAAAACGAAAUUUUAUAUCCCGGAGACCGUGGCGAUGAUUGGGUUUGUGACUGCCGUCCAGCGCACGUAUAUCAUCCGGUGACACGUAGUUGCUAUCCUCUAUAUACCAAAGCUUAUUGCGAAAAAGGGCAGUAUGUCGAGAUUCCAAUUGGUUCUAAGCUACCUCAGUGCAUCAAUAAUAUCUGCAAGGAAAAGGAAGUUCCGUACAACGGAAAGUGUGUUCUGCUAAACAAAAACAAUGAGGGAUUAUGUCCAACAAUUCAGCGAAUCCGACAUGUAAUCGGUGUCAACGAAACUACUCUGCAGCUAGGUUGCAUUGCUCAUGCCCCGAUCGAUCUGAAACGAGUGACGUCGCAACGUGGAGACUACACCACUAUCGGAGAACAGACGGUACUAACCAAGGAGGGAACGGUAUUAUUCCUAGCAGCAACCAAGUGCGCCCCUGGAUCAGCUGCUCAGACUAACGGUACUUGUGAAGCGUGAUGUGAUUAGCGGAAGCGACACCAUCAUACAUUUUGUUUGAUUCUGUGGAGUUUUAAUUGAAAAAAAAGUUUUGAAGAGACAUGAAUAAAUGAAUAGCCGGAUUUUUAAUAAAUUGUUGGAUACGAUAAAUACAUAU